GUUCUAACUCCACCCUCAGAGCUGGAAGAGGCCCACCAGAAGUGCCCGCCGUGGUGGUACAAGUGCGCACACAAAGUGCUCAUCUGGAACUGCUGUGCCCCGUGGGUGAGGUUCAAGCACAUAAUCCACCUGAUCGUCAUGGACCCCUUCGUGGACCUGGGCAUCACCAUCUGCAUCGUGCUCAACACCCUCUUCAUGGCCAUGGAGCACUACCCCAUGACGGAGCACUUUGACAACGUGCUCUCUGUGGGCAACCUGGUCUUCACUGGUAUCUUCACUGCUGAGAUGGUGCUGAAGCUGAUCGCCAUGGACCCCUACGAGUAUUUCCAGCAGGGCUGGAACAUCUUUGACAGCAUCAUUGUCACCCUCAGCCUGGUGGAGCUGGGCCUGGCUAACGUGCAGGGGCUGUCCGUGCUCCGCUCCUUCCGCCUGCUGCGGGUCUUCAAGCUAGCCAAGUCAUGGCCAACACUCAACAUGCUCAUCAAGAUCAUCGGCAACUCGGUGGGGGCGCUGGGCAACCUGACCCUGGUGCUGGCCAUCAUCGUGUUCAUCUUCGCCGUGGUGGGCAUGCAGCUGUUCGGCAAGAGCUACAAGGAGUGCGUGUGCAAGAUCGCCUCGGACUGCAGCCUGCCCCGCUGGCACAUGUAUGACUUCUUCCACUCCUUCCUCAUCGUCUUCCGCAUCCUGUGUGGGGAGUGGAUCGAGACCAUGUGGGAUUGCAUGGAGGUAGCCGGCCAGGCCAUGUGCCUCACGGUCUUCCUCAUGGUCAUGGUCAUCGGCAACCUGGUGGUCCUGAACCUGUUCCUGGCUCUCCUGCUGAGCUCCUUCAGCGCCGACAGCCUGGCAGCCUCGGAUGAGGACGGCGAGAUGAACAACCUGCAGAUCGCCAUCGGGCGCAUCAAAUGGGGCAUUGGCUUCGCCAAGACCUUCCUCCUGGGGCUGCUGCGCGGCAAGGUGCUGAGCCCCAAGGACAUAAUGCUCAGUCUAGGGGAGCCCGGCGGCACCGGAGAGGCUGGAGAGACUGGGGACAGCCCCCCUGAGGAUGAGAAGAAGGAGCUACCUCCUGAUGAGGGGGACAAGGACCUGAAAAAGGACAAUCACAUCCUCAACCACGUGGGCCUGGCUAAUGGCACUCCUACCAACAUCGAGCUGGACCACCUCAACUUCAUCAACAACCCUUACCUGACCAUCCAGGUGCCCAUCGCCUCGGAGGAGUCGGAUCUGGAGAUGCCCACCGAGGAAGAGACCGACACAUUCUCAGAGCCUGAGGACAGCAAGAAGCCCCCACAGCCCCUCUACGAUGGGAACUCCUCGGUCUGCAGCACUGCUGACUACAAGCCCCCCGAGGAAGACCCCGCGGAGCAGGCCGAGGAGAACCCCGAGGGGGAGCAGCCCGAAGAGUGCUUCACUGAAGCCUGUGUGCAGCGGUGCCCCUGCCUCUAUGUGGACAUCUCCCAGGGCCGCGGGAAGAAGUGGUGGACCCUCCGCAGGGCCUGCUUCAAGAUUGUCGAGCACAACUGGUUCGAGACCUUCAUCGUCUUCAUGAUUCUGCUCAGCAGUGGGGCUCUAGCCUUCGAGGACAUCUACAUCGAGCAGCGGCGCGUCAUCCGGACCAUCCUGGAGUACGCCGACAAGGUCUUCACCUACAUCUUCAUCCUGGAGAUGCUGCUCAAGUGGGUGGCGUACGGCUUCAAGGUCUACUUCACCAAUGCCUGGUGCUGGCUCGACUUCCUCAUCGUGGAUGUCUCCAUCAUCAGCCUGGUAGCCAACUGGCUGGGCUAUUCAGAGCUGGGAGCCAUCAAAUCUCUGCGCACGCUGCGGGCCCUGCGUCCCCUAAGGGCGCUGUCUCGAUUUGAGGGCAUGAGGGUGGUGGUGAACGCCCUCUUGGGAGCCAUCCCCUCCAUCAUGAACGUGCUGCUGGUCUGCCUCAUCUUCUGGCUCAUCUUCAGUAUCAUGGGCGUCAACUUGUUUGCUGGAAAGUUCUACUACUGCAUCAACACCACCACCUCGGAGAGGUUCGACAUCUCGGAGGUCAACAACAAGUCACAGUGCGAAAGCCUCAUGCACACGGGCCAGGUCCGCUGGCUCAACGUCAAGGUCAACUACGACAAUGUGGGUCUGGGCUACCUCUCGCUCCUGCAGGUGGCCACCUUCAAGGGUUGGAUGGAUAUCAUGUACGCGGCUGUGGACUCCCGGGAGAAGGAGGAGCAGCCGCAGUAUGAGGUGAACCUCUACAUGUACCUCUACUUCGUCAUCUUCAUCAUCUUCGGCUCCUUCUUCACACUCAACCUCUUCAUCGGCGUCAUCAUUGACAACUUCAACCAGCAGAAGAAGAAGUUUGGAGGGAAAGACAUCUUCAUGACAGAAGAACAGAAGAAAUACUACAAUGCCAUGAAGAAGCUCGGCUCCAAGAAGCCCCAGAAGCCGAUCCCCCGGCCCCAGAACAAGAUCCAGGGCAUGGUGUACGACUUUGUGACGAAGCAGGUGUUCGACAUCACCAUCAUGAUCCUCAUCUGUCUCAACAUGGUCACCAUGAUGGUGGAGACAGACGACCAGAGCGAGCUCAAGAUAGACAUCCUGUACAAUAUCAACAUGGUCUUCAUCAUCAUCUUCACCGGGGAGUGCGUGCUCAAGAUGUUCGCGCUGCGCCACUACUACUUCACCAUCGGCUGGAACAUCUUCGACUUCGUGGUGGUCAUCUUGUCCAUCGUGGGCCUCGCGCUCUCAGAUCUGAUCCAGAAAUACUUCGUGUCGCCCACGCUGUUCCGUGUGAUCCGUCUGGCGCGGAUUGGACGUGUCCUGCGGCUCAUCCGCGGCGCCAAGGGCAUCCGGACGCUGCUCUUCGCCCUCAUGAUGUCACUGCCCGCCCUCUUCAACAUCGGCCUCCUCCUCUUCCUCGUCAUGUUCAUCUACUCCAUCUUUGGCAUGUCCAACUUUGCCUACGUCAAGAAAGAGUCGGGCAUCGAUGACAUGUUCAACUUCGAGACCUUCGGCAACAGCAUCAUCUGUCUUUUCGAGAUCACCACGUCAGCUGGCUGGGAUGGGCUUCUGAACCCCAUCCUCAACAGCGGGCCCCCAGACUGCGACCCCACCCUGGAGAACCCCGGCACCAGUGUCAAGGGUGACUGUGGCAAUCCGUCCAUCGGCAUCUGCUUCUUCUGCAGCUACAUCAUCAUCUCCUUCCUCAUCGUGGUCAACAUGUACAUCGCCAUCAUCCUGGAGAACUUCAACGUGGCCACGGAGGAGAGCAGCGAGCCCCUGUGUGAGGAUGACUUCGAGAUGUUUUACGAGACGUGGGAGAAGUUUGACCCGGACGCCACACAGUUCAUCGAUUACAGCCGCCUCUCCGACUUCGUGGACACCCUACAGGAGCCGCUGAGGAUCGCCAAGCCCAACAAGAUCAAGCUCAUCACCCUGGACCUACCCAUGGUGCCGGGGGACAAAAUCCACUGCCUGGACAUCCUCUUCGCGCUCACCAAGGAGGUGCUGGGCGACUCCGGGGAGAUGGACGCCCUCAAGCAGACCAUGGAGGAGAAGUUCAUGGCGGCCAACCCUUCCAAGGUCUCCUACGAGCCCAUCACCACCACCCUCAAGAGGAAGCAGGAGGAGGUGUGCGCCACCAAGAUCCAGAGGGCCUACCGCCGCCACCUGCUGCAGCGCUCCGUGAAGCAAGCGGCCUACCUGCACCGCCACGGCCAGGACGCCCGCGGCGCGCCCGAGAGCACCGGCCUCAUCGCCAGCGCCAUGAGCAAGAUGUACGGCCCCGAGGACGGCGAGCACGGCGGCCAGAGUCGGGGCGAGGCCGGGGGCUCCACGGGGGCCAGCCCCCCCGACACCGCCGCGCCCCCCUCCCCCGCCCCCCCAGCAGGACACGCGGUGCGCCCAGGGGUCAAGGAGUCUCUUGUCUAGCGGGCAGCAUCCGAGCGGCCAGCUGAGCCUUGGCACAGGCCUGGAGCGCCCCCCAGAGGGGGCCUGUGUGCAGGACAAGGGGGCGGGCUUUUGAGUUUGGGGGUGCAUCCAGCUUCUCUGUGGGGGCCAGGAGUUGGCCAGGCCGGGGCUGACACUUAGGCCAAGGGAAUGGUGCUGCCAUCUCCAAGGUCCUCCUCUUACCUCCUUGGGGCUCUGUUGCCACUGCCCCGGCCUGGGGGGGGGGGGGGCAGAACGGGAGGGGCCAGCCUCUGAUGAAGACGGCGGCCGUCCUGUCCACCCCAGUGCCCCCCUCAAAUCCAGCCUGGACAGAGCCAAGUCUUCACUUCAGGAGUGGGGUGCCCUUCCCCAGGGCUCAGCCAGCCCCUCCCUUUCUGGCUCUGGGGGGGAACAAAUUUCCCCUGCCAGUUCAGGAAUUCCCUGGUUGUUGUUGUUUUUCCUCUGGAAAUGAAUACUGGAUCCUGAGGCAUCUGGCGGGGCCAUGUCGGGCCCCUGGGCUGGCCCUCGGGGGAAGAGCAGAGGGAUCCCGGGACCUGCCAUUGUCUAGGAAUGGUGACUGGGUAGAACAGGCUGGGCCCUGCCUGCUGCCCGGAUCCACUCGGCCUGAGGCGUGGAGACGCCGGGGGUCUGGGCGCUUUCCUCUCUCCCCUCCCCACACCUUCAUUACACCACCAGGGCUGCUCGUACCCCAGCAAGCUGCGGAGAUCGCUCCCUUCUUAUCACCCCCCCUCACCCCCCAUCCCUUCCUCCCUCGUCAUCCUUCCCCACCUCCUCAAAAAUGUGACCUAAGGAUGCUAGAGGUGAGCUCGCGUGGACUCGCGUGUUGGCCCCGGGGCGGGCAGCAGCGGAGGCUCCAGCUUCCUCCCGCCUGGAAAGCUAGCUCUGCCGGCUCUGCGCAUGCUCUGGUGGACAUGGCUGCCGCGGGCUUGGUUGGCUCCCAGAGGAUGGCGGCUAGGUUUAAAGAAGGAUGUGAACGUUCUGCUCAGGGGUCUCUGGGUUCGGUCACUGCGCGUGUGCUUCUAGGCCUGGAGGACAGCUGUGUGGCGAGCCUCUGUGUAGAGGUGACUAAAUAUGCACGCAUGUCUCAGUAUCUUUGUUUCUCUGUGUGUCAGUGCACACUAGAGUGUUGUCCCUGGUGUGUGUGUGUGUGUGUGUGUGUGUGUUCUGUAUAGUCCUAUUUGUGUAAAUGUGCCUGAAUAGGGACGAGUGUGCUAUGAGCGUUGGAGUGAGUGUAAACACGUGGUAAGGUUUGCACACACUCUCCUAUUGGGCUAAGUUCCUCUUCGUUUUCUUCUUGUGUCUCAUUUGCCUAAAACUCAGGAAGCAGCAAAACCUUGACAUUGGGGUGCACCUGUGCACCUGUGUAAGCCGUCCCCUCCCUCCGGCCGCCCUCCCUCCCUCUGCUUCCAUUCCUGCUCCUCAUCCUCAGCCCCAUCCUUUUCCUUGUGGAGCCUGACCUUUCUUGGGGUGACUCCCGCAGGGGUCAGCCUCCCCCGGCUCAGUACUUGCUUCUCGGCCUUCCCUGCCUGGGCCCCGCCCCACGUGACCCCACAGCCUCAGCAGCCUCCCAGUGGGCGCUCUCCACAUGCUGGGAACCCACUUCAGAGAAGGGAUGGGCAGGGUUUGGCCCCCUCCCAGACAGAUUCACACCCGUUCCUGCCUUGUCCCGGGGUGCGGGGGGUGUGUGUGUGGGGGAGCAGCCCCGCACCAGGCUGGUGGACAUGCUUCUUUGUACAGUUCUUACAAUAAACCCUCCCUGGGUGCC